AUGAGCACCACCGGAGGCAGGAAAAAGCUGGACUCCCUGGACGAGAGCCGCAUGGACUCGGGCAUAGACUCUUUCAGAUCCAUGUACAAGUCGGAGGAAGGUAGAGACGUGAGCUCGGAGUUCGGCGCGUCUCUGGACAAGUGCGUGUCCGCGGACGAGCGCCUGGACUCUGCGUACGAAUCCUCGUCCAUCAGCGUGGACAGCCUGGGGUGCAGGGUUCAGGACUGCACCCUGUCUGCAGGACCCUCCAUUUCUGCAGAGGAGACAGACUCGCCGCAGGAGGAGGAGAACCCGCUCACGGCCUUCACAGAGGAUGGAGACACAAUUUUGCACCUUGCCAUCAUCCACGAAGACGAACAGUUUGCUCAGCAGCUCAUCGACUUCUUCCCCACGGAGGUGCUGGACAUCCAGAACAACUUGUAUCAGAGUCCGCUGCACUUGGCUGUGUACCUGAAGCAGUUGGAGGUGGUGAGGAGCCUGGUGGAGCGUGGGGCCAGUCUGCAGCUCCAGGACCGAGACGGGAACACGGCCCUGCACCUGGCCUGUCAGUACGGCUACGCCCAGAGCCUGGACCACAUGAUCCGAGAGCUCACGCCCAACAAGCUGGCCCCACUGAUGCAGAUGCACAACUGGAGAGGUUUGGCUUGUCUGCACUUAGCCGCUCUAUACGGACAGCAUGAAGUCUUGAAGCUGCUGAGGAGAAAAGGCGUGGAGCUGAACGUUCAGCAGCGGCCGGUGAAGCAGUCUCUGUCCAAGUGUCUGUGUCAGGAGAACCACUGGAAGUGUCUGCUGCUGUCUCUGCUCAUGUACGCCUGUGUGGGGGCCAUGGCCUGGUGCCAGCUCACAACAGUCACGCGCCUCUCCUUCGACAGCGCCUACAAGGGCAAGUCUAUGAUGUACCACGACAGCCCCUGCUCCAAUGGAUACAUCUACAUCCCCCUGGUCUUCCUGGUCAUGCUCUACGUGGUGUAUCUGGUGGAGUGCUGGCACUGUCACACCCGCGCUGAGCUGCAGUACAAGGUGGAUGUGGACAACGUGAGCGAGCGCGUGCAGAGGAUGCAGCAGGCCACUCCCUGUAUCUGGUGGAAGGCCAUCAGCUAUCACUACGUACGCAGAACCCGGCAGGUGACACGGUACCGCAACGGAGACGCCUACACCACCACGCAGGUCUACCACGAGAGGGUCAACACCCAUGUGGCAGAAGCAGAAUUCGACUAUGGAAACUGUGGGGUCAAAGAUGUCUCCAAGAAGCUGCUGGACCUGGAGAGCUUCCCCGUCACGCGCAUGAGGUUCACCAAGUGUUUCAGCUUCGCCAACGUGGAGUCCGAGAACUCUUAUCUCACACAGAGGGCUCGCUUCUUCACAGAGAACGAGGGUCUAGACGACUACAUGGAGGCGCGCGAGGGCAUGCACCUGAAGAACGUGGACUUUCGGGAGUAUAUGAUCGCCUUUUCAAACCCAAGCCACCUCCCAUGGUACGCCACGCACUCCACGUUCUGGCUGGCCGCGGCUCUGACCCUUUCCUGGCCGCUGAGAGUGCUGACGGAGUACAGAACAGUCUGUGCGCACUAUCACGUGGAGAAGCUCUUUGGCUUUGACUUUGUUCCCAGCUCCCCGUCAGAGGAGAGGCCAUACUGUCGCCACAUCCCCCGGGUCAACACCUUCGACAGCACAGAGCUAGAGUGGCACAUCCGCUCGAACCAGCAGCUCGUGCCUAGUUACUCAGAGGCAGUGCUCAUGGACCUGUCGCAGCUGUCGGAGGGAGGCUACAGCAGCUACAGACAAAGCUGCGAGAGGUGCCAGCGCGCCGCCAGCAGCUCCUCCAUCUUCUCCCGCAGCGCUUUGAGCAUCUGCACCACGCCCCGGCUGCCCUUCAGCUCCAGCCGCCUGUCUCUGAGCCGCAUCCAGAGCUCGAGGAGAAGCUGUUUGUGGAGAAGCAGCGGGAGUCUGAACCAGGCCUGUCCCACGGAGAGCACUCGUCUGUCAGCGUCUACGCCUCGAGAGGAGAGCCCCCCGGAGUACCAGGAUGCGCUCUGCUUCCCUGUGCUCAUAGUGCACCGCAACGAAGGCUGCCGCAACCACGACCACCGCUCCCUACACCGCAACGGCGCCUGUGUGGAGACCUCCCUAUGA